AUGGUGGCGCAUUUCGAUAUGCUCAGCAGCGCUGCCUCCCAGAACGGACCUCCCUCUGACGUGACUGUGAGCGACUUCCAGCCGUAUGUCGACCACGAAGGACCGCCCCCUGCCUGCGACCGAACCGCCCCAUCCUACGAUGCUGGCUCGCGUGCCGCAAUAAAACCGAUGACCGCAUUGCAAAAUGGACGUUACGGUGACGGCGAGAAAGUCAAAAUGAGCUCCAUCCAAGUUGUUAUCGGUGCACACUCUUCCAUCGUGCAGUCGUCGGGAUCCAUGGUCCUCCCCUCCGGAUGGACGCGACACGUGCAUCCAGAGGGCGCACCCUUCUACGUCAACUCGACGGGGCCCGUCUGCGUAGUAACGGAUGCGCCUCUAUAUCGCCAUGAAAUCAGUGCCAAGAUCCUUGCAUCCAUUGACGACAUCAAUCUUCUUGCCACGGAGAACGGCGUUGCUUUGCCACAGAAUUGCGAACUUUACAUUCACGUGGACGACAAAGACGAUGGUUGCAGCUACUAUUUUGUCGACCAUAGUUGCAGGACGGGAUUUUGGCUGAGCACUGUUGACUCUGAGAGCUUGGAUAUGCUUGAGGUUUCUUCGAAGGAGCACCUCAAGCACGUCCUGGAGGAACACUACUGGACUCAUGUGGAUUACUUUCCUCGCCGUCCUAUUGCCGCUGCUGUCAAAGAGGAGUUAGAAGGAAUUUUGCGACACGGUGCCAUAGACCAAAUGUCCUCAGAGAGUUCUACUUUUCCGUACGGCGCGGAACAAUGUAUAUCGUUAUUACAGUUGAUCGAAGGGAGCGAUACGAAGAGCACAUACACGACAUGUAUUAUUGCACGCGUUUGGGUGACGAUAGCUCGUUCCAGAUAUCAGAACUUUUAUGGCCAAGACUAUGCACGUCUUGGAUGCUUGCAGAGGCGACUUGACCCUCCGGGUAUCAUCAGCACUCAUGAGUGGCUUGUCAAGCUGUGCUCUUCCCUUCUCUUCGGGAUACCGCGUACGAUUGUGGUGCACCUGGAAUUUCAAUACGUGGACAAUUUGGCGCGCCGCUCCCACUGGCAGAAGUUCAUAGAAUCUAUUAAGCCUGAAUGGAUUCAAGUAUCUGCUCUGGCCGUAGCUGUGCUGAUAACAUCUGGAAUAUUCUUGAACUCGUCCGGAGACGCGCCUGCGAAAUAUGCACUUCUCAUGUCGAGCGUAGCCUCCCUCAGCGGCGUGAUGAUCGGCUGCACGCUCCUACGCAGGUAUGCGUAUGCGCAGCACUGGACUGCGGAGGAUGCGGCAGUACACCUGGAUGCGUUCAAAAGCCGACGGUUCGGCUACCUUCCACUAGCGGUGGUCUUUAGCCUGCCACAGUCACUGAUGAUGUGGUCGCUGUACCUUCUAGGAGCGCAUAUUGCUAUACGUGCUGUUGGCGUGUCAGAGACCCUCAUUGAAGUUCUGGCUGUCAUACCAGCCUACUUAUGGCUACUUUUUGUUGCUGUGACGCUGGCGGGAGCAAAGUCACUGAGGGCUUACGUUUGGGAAUGA